AGGGUGCAGCCCACUUCUUCUCCCCUCCACCUCCUUCUUCUUUCCACUGUGAUGACACCGCCCUGAAGGAGAGAAGCUCUGCAGAGCUCCUAACUCUCUGCUAGCUUCAGUUUCCUUAUUGGCACCAUGACGUCAUCUUUACCCUGGAAAUUCCACUUGCUCUCCUGUGCCCCCACUUUUGUCCCAGUCCUCAGAGUCCUGCUUAUAAAGAGGGGAUCCCGACUCAGUAUCAGCACAGAACACAGUCAGGUUCUGAAGCUUCUGGGUUCUGUAGCCUCAGCUCCAGGAAAGCCUCUCCUCCACCAAGACCAUGAAACUCUGCGUGACUGUCCUCGCUCUCGUGCUAGUGGCUGCACUCUGCUCUCCAGCACUCUCAGCACCAAUGGGUUCAGAUCCUCCGACAGCCUGCUGCUUCUCUUACACCCUGCGGAAGAUCCCUCGCAACUUCGUGAUAGAUUACUAUGAGACCAGCAGCCUUUGCUCCCAGCCAGCUGUGGUAUUUCAAACCAAAAAGGGCAGACAAGUCUGUGCCAACCCCAGUGAACCCUGGGUUCAGGAGUACAUGGAUGACCUGGAACUGAACUGAGCCACUUCAAGCACAGGGGCAGGAGGCCUCCAGGGAAGGUCACCUGAGCCUUACUCUUCUCAGUGAGAUGCGUCCUCUCCACGUUUACAGCGCCUCUCAGUCCCUGUUCCUUCUCUUAAUUUAAUCUUUAUUAUGUGCUGUAUUAUUGUAUUUGGUGUU